UCUCUCUCUGGGAGUUGUUGGAGGAGAGUGAAGUGCAGAGGCUCGAGAAGUAUGGCAUGGAGGCUUCACUCCUUGAGUUGAAGGAGCUCUCGAAUCUGUGGAAGGACUUUGAGACAGAUGCAGAGGUCUACGUCAACCAGAUGGCCAUCGAGGAGUCUUUGGGCCUGUCUCAGGUGGCUCCUGCCGAAGUGGAGGAACGGCCAUUGGAUCGUGGAUCCAGCACGCCGCUCAGCAAGCAGAGUGUCAAGAGGCUUUUGAAGAGCUUGCUGAGGAGCUUCAGCGAACCCGACUUCCAAGAGGCCAUCGAAAAGCUCAAGCAGACAGCCGACGCUUCGUCCCAUCUGUGCCGCGACCAGGGCUACUAUCAGCUUCCUGGGCGUGCAGCAAUGGCCUUCGCGGUGCAAGAACAACUCUUGCCCUGCUUUGGCCUGCCGGGCUCACGGCAGGGUGUCCAGCAGAUGAUCGCCCGUUGCGCGUGCUUUUUGGAGGACGAGGAGGUGGUGCAAUUGAUGGACUCCGUCAACAUGAAGCUGGGCAUGUCCCCCAGCGCCGCUGUGCGCUUCCGCACCCUGGCCAUGGAGCUGAAGUGAGGCCGGCCCAUAUGGCAAUGCCAGGUGCAAAGGCUUCUGCGAGAGCAGUUGAAGGAGUGCAAGCGAGGUUGCGGAAAGCUUACGGCCCGAAGAGGCCUUCCUCAGACAUCCAGUUCUGGGAAAGCUGCCGCUGCCUCUGCCUCUCUCCAAUUUGAAGUGGCGCGAACGCCGCCACUGGGAAUCACACGUUUUAGCCUAUGUUGCCAGGGUUGGGUGUUGGAUGGUGU